AAACGGCAGGGCAAAAUCAGUGCCACGCGAGCUCCGCACACCUGUGCAAGUUCGCGUAUACGGGCACUGACAGCCUCGCCGCAGCAAGGAGCCGCGCGCGCUGCGCCAACAAACACCAAGACGACAAAAGCAGCGGCCAUGGAUCCAGCAACCAACGAUGCGCCGCCCGCGAGCCCCGCAACAACAAUUCAGUUAGAGGGCGCCCGGCGCCGCCUGAUAACAGCCCACGGCCAGCGCGUCUCAUUAGAACUCGCGCCGACGUCCGUGGCUAUAGCAAGGACGGGCGCGUUCGCGUUAAUUGGAUGCACGGACGGCUCGAUCCGACUAUGCGCCAUGGGCAGUAAACUGCCCCCGGCGAACCUCGGCCAGUUAGUAAGCCGGGGCAUGAACAACACGCUGCUCGUGACCGUAGCGAUCACGGAGGACUGCCGGACCGCAUUUGCCGGAGCGCAAAAAGGAGCCACGGAAGUGCUGGCCUGGACCUUCGGCGCGUUUCCUGCGAAUGCGUCUCCACUACAGAUCGUAUCCACCACAAUUCAGGAGUCGCAAUCGGAAGCUAAAUUACGAGGCUUCGUGAGCUGUAGUCGGAAAGGCGCCGACGACUAUAGGCUCCUGUGUGGGCGGGGCAUCAAGAGCGCCCACGUCUGGAAAGUGUGUCGAGCGACGCCGGGGGCGGCUUUAGACUGGUCUUUACUGUAUGAACUACCGACGCAAUCGUGCGGCUCGUUAGUGACCGGCGGUUUCCUCGACGCGGCGUGUGCGGUCUGGGCCAAGGCCGAGCAGGGUACGAUCAGGUUGUGGCGCAUCGAUGGGGAUGACAAACCUCAUGAGGAUCUGCGGCACGCGCGGACGGCGCUGGGCGUCGUGGCGGUUGCUUCGACGGAAGGUGGUGUUUGUGGCGCGCCUUCGGUAUGUAGUCGUAAUAUUGUGACGGUGGGCGGCGCAACUUUAAUAGAAGUUGCGGCGCCGGACGGUUCCAUGAGGGCGCCGCUCGCGCCGCCCCCGAAGCCGGGGGCCGGCCGACGGUGCGCGCCGCGGACGGUCGCGUCGGUCGGGUGCGGCGUCGGGUCGGCGGCCGUAGCGUUUGCGGACGGCGCCGUGGCCUGGUACGACGGCGAUUCUCACAGACUGCUGGAGGUCGACGCGACUUCCGGGGCGCCGGCGCACGUGGCCUGCGUCGCCGUCCCGCUGGGCGGGGCCUUGGUGGGCGCCUGCCACUGGGACGUGAAGAACAGGGAGGGCUGGGUCUCGUUCUUCGUGCCCGAGAAGAUUGAGCGAGCAGCGACGGCGGAGGAGGUCUCCGCGUCUGCGCUCUGGCCGGCGUUUGUCGAGGCACCGCCGAAGCCACAAAAGCGCAAGUCCUCCACAAAAGUGACGCCGCGCGGCGCCAAGCAGUCCAUGCCGUCGCCGGGCGUCCCCGUCGUCACGACGCAGCGCAAGCGGCCGCGCGAGCAGAACCCGCAGACGCCCGUGGAAGUCGCCUUCGAUGCUUCAUCAGAUGACGAGUCCGUCGAGCACCCGCUGAACGCGGCAGCACCAUUACGUGUCCCGUACGAGGCCCUGCCGCCGCCGGGCCACGCGCUGCGGUUGGUGACGGCGUCGGCGCGGCGCGCGAACGUACAACCGCCGACGUGGCACUACGCGUCGCGCGACGAGCGCGAGCGGGCGACGCUAGAAAGAUUGCGUCAGCUGCCGCCGGGCAACGAGGACGUCGUCGACGCGACGCUCGGGCGUUUGCGGCUCGAGCGGCAGGUCGCCGAGGCGCUCGCGGCGAUCGGCAUGCAGCAGCCCUGAGCUAAUUAUAUCUUUAAAA